GAAUUUCGCGGGAUCGAGUUUGGCGCUAAAAAGACUCUUCUUCUGUUGUAUGGAGAGUGCCGCUCUGCGCUGUACGGACAGUUGGCUUGGAUUGGUUCCGAUUCCGUUUCAGAGGCAGACUCGCUAACCUGGAUCCGAACUCAUAGAACCCUGACAACAUUUGUUUCCCUUUUUACUGCUGGAUAUUUAAAUGUGUUUGUUUAUUUAGGGAGCCGCUUUUAGUGACUGGUAAGGGAAGGUUUCUUUAAACUAUUCUGCAGAACAAAGGAUCAUAACAUUGAGUGUAAUAUAAAUAUCCUAAUAAUAUAAAAAAAAACACGCUUAGUCUGCAUGUUUACUUUUCAUAUUGAUCAUAUUGCAGGUUAAUUGCACUGUUGUUCUGCAUUUCAUUUCUGUGCUCGGCUCACGACAAGCUUCUCCCUCCGCUGCACCAAUCCGGUUAACUUUAGUUUACUCAGGAAAAUGAUGCGGAUGCCCAGAGGCGUCUCUCCCGCACCGGCCCGGCCGUCCGCGGGGCUCCCCUGCGCCCAGCAGAAGAUGAAGGUUUUGUCCGGCGGCGGAGGGAAGACCGAGCUGUUCUGCAGCGGACUGUCCAGCCCGCCGAUGAGCUCGGUACCGGUCGGAUACUUCACCCAGAUCGGCAACACGACAGCGGCCGAACAAAGAGCCAACAGUCUGUACUCGACCCCCCACGGACCGGACGCGAAGCCCAUCAGAUCAUCCUCCGGGCGCCUGCCGGCGAAAAGGAAGCUGGACCUGGAGGACCCUCUUUACCUGCCAGAGUUUCGCACACCUAAAGGGAAAUGCAGCGUCACAGCAGGACUACCAAGCCCACGAAGUGAGUCAGCCUCCUGGAGCAAAUCAGGACAGAGUGCUGCUCAUAUCAGCACGCCAAAGUCUCCAGGCGAGCGGACGCGGUACGACACUUCGUUGGGCCUGCUGACAAAGAAGUUUGUGGGACUGAUUGCAGAAUCUGCUGAUGGAGUUCUGGACCUUAACUGGGCCACUGAAGUUCUGGAGGUCCAGAAGAGGCGGAUCUAUGACAUCACCAAUGUCCUGGAAGGUGUGCAGCUCAUCCGAAAGAAGUCCAAAAACAACAUCCAGUGGCUGAUGGGGAAUGUUUUUGAAGGCGGCGUUGCUGGAGGAGAAAAGGCCUUUGCUCUGAGGAGAGAGCUGGGGGAUCUGGAGAGAGCGGAGCGGUCUCUGGAUGACCUGAUUCAGUCCAGCACCACUCAGCUCAAACAGCUCACAGAGUUCAAAGACAGCCAAAGUCUGGGAUACGUGACAUACCAGGACAUCCGCUCCAUCGGCAGCCUCCGAGAUCAGACGGUGAUCGCAGUCAAAGCACCGGCUGAGACCAAGUUGGAGGUGCCAGACACUGCAGGGGGCUCAUUACAGAUCUAUUUAAAGAGUAGGAAUGGGCCUAUAGAGGUGUACCUGUGUCCUGAGGAAGGGCUUGAAGAUGCCAGCCCUGUUAAGAGCACAGUCACCCCUAAAAAGGAAGACCUGAAGAAACCGGUGACGACCACCGGAACGCCACAGACCCAGGCUGUCAAAGACGAGCCUGUUGAAGUGAGUGUAUCCACUUCAUCUCCAGCUUCAGUUUCAGCCCCCUCCUCAGCCGCUACCUCUGCUCCCUCUCUUCUCGACGUGGAGGGGCUGCUGGGUUUGCCUCCCAGUCUGCUCCAGAUCACAGAGGACCAGCUGCCCGGCGCCUCCUUCACUACAGAUCCCAGCGCUCCCUUCGUCAGCUUCUCUCCACCUUUAGACCACAGCGACUACCUCUGGAGCCUGGAGGAUAGUGAAGGGGUGUCGGAUUUCUUUGACACCUAUGAUCUUGGAGAUUUACUGAAGAGCUGAGGGAGAUGGGGCAAUGAUUUAAGAAAAAAAAUGUGUGAAAUAUUUAAAGGAAUGCUUGAUUGGAGCAAAUGAAAUUACACUAUGAAGCCAUUGCUUGUUUUUAUUUCUUUAGAGCCAUUGUUGGUUUUACAGUCAAAACCAUUUGGACUUAUUGUGGCGUGACUGAGCGGGCAUGAAGUCAGAGUUGUAAAAUGCAGGGAUUUUUGUGGGUUUGUAGGAACAUUUACAGAUUGUGCUGAGGAGAUUAGAAACUAUCAGCUCAAAAGAGGAGCAGCUUUUGGUGCAUAACAUUUCAUGUGGAGAAAAUGUGAUGCAUGUUCGUUGUGACCAACUUAGGGUUUUUUUCUCCAAAGCCUACAAGGAUUUGACCUGUAGGGGGCAGCCUUGCAUUAUGUCAGCUUUAAAUCUAGUUGAGCUUUACAGGAUUUAAUCACUGGAUAAAAGUAAGCUGUAGCUGCACAGAGUUCUGAUUCAGGUUUUU